AUGAACAAUGCAGCAUCCGUUGUUGACUUCACCAAACUGCCAGACGUAACAGGCGUGGCAGUACGUAACGUCUCCAACACCAACGUAGCAGCGCCAGCGAACUCCGCACCAGUUGUUGGUACAUCCGUGUUCACACUGAACAACCUCAACGUUGCUCAAGCGGCAGCCAUCACCAUCAGCCACAGCGACACAUUCUCCAACGGUAUCGACAAAUCCACCAUCAACGCCAAUCUGGCCGUUGCAACAGGUGCAUCCGACACAGUGGCCGUGAAAAUCGCUGAAGGUCUGAACGUUGAUCCACGUUUCAACUUCGUUCUGAACACAAACGCAGUAGAAAACAUCACACUGCACGAUGCUGACACAGAAUCCAACACAGUUGCCCUGGCAAACGUUGGCGCCCACACAGGCACCAUCACACUGGGUUCAGCAACAGGUGCUGGUAGCACAACAGUCAACACAGGCCUCUUCCUGAACCUCGACACAACAGUAGCUGGUAACGGCGGUCUGUAUCGUAUCGACACAACAGGCGGCGCAGCAGCCAACAUCGCUGGCGUACAAGAAUUGUCCACAACAGUUGGCCAAAUCAAACUGGUUGCCGCCAACAUCGACGCAUCUGCAGAAAAUGUCAACGUCAUCGUUCGCGUAUCCACAAGUGGUGCAGCCAACGGCGCGCAAAACAUCAAGAUGGGUGCAGCGAACGACACAGUCAUAUUCGAUAACGUCCUCGACACACGUGCUGGUCUGACCAUCUCCGACACAGUUGUUGGUGGCGCUGGCCUCGACACACUGGUCAUCGACGGCGACCUGCAAGGUGCAGCACUGGGCGACACAAUCGCACUGGGCGCGUCCGAAUGGACUAACGUAUCCGGCUUCGAAACAAUCCGUCUGGUUGGUACAACCAACAAUGCAGGUGUAGUUGGUGGUGGUAACUACCGUCUGACAUUGACAAACGAAUUGAUCGCUGCAAACAACAACGCAGGCGUUCUGGCGAUUGUUAAUGACAACGACACAGCCAAUGAUGCAGCUAACGCAGCAGACACAGGUGGUACAGCAGUUGAAAGCGCAGCUCUACAACGGCGAAGAAGGUGUUUCCCGUACAGCAGACCGUAUCAUCUUCGCUGA